AUGGAGGAGGCUCCCAACUUGAGGUAUUCUAUUCACCCUGGUGCUAUGAAGAUGUAUCGGGACCUGAAGCAACGCUAUUGGUGGUGUAGCAUGAAGAGGGAUAUUGUGAAGUUUGUGUCUCGGUGCUUGAAUUGUCAACAAGUGAAGUAUGAGCACCAAAAGCUUGGUGGGAUUUCUCAGAGGAUGCCCAUUCCUGAAUGGAAAUGGGAAAGGAUUGCCAUGGACUUUCUGGUAGGGUUGCCACGACUUUGGAUGAUUUAUACUUUUGAGAAGUUGGCUAAGAUCUACAUUCGUGAGAUUCUUUAUUUGCAUGGAUUGCCCGUUUCUAUUAUUUCUGAUAGACAGACUCAGUUUACUUUUUAUUUCUGGAAGUAUUUGCAAAAGGAGUUGGGUACCCGAGUUGAGUUGAGCACAACAUUUCAUCCCCAGAUUGAUGGUCAGUCUGAGCGUAUUAUCCAGGUCUUGCUUAAGGCUUCACCCAUGAAGGGUGUGUUGAGGUUUGUAAAGAAAGGGAAGUUGAGUCCUCGUUGCAUUGGUCCUUUUGAGAUUAUUCAGAGUGUUCGAGAUGUUGUGUAUGAGUUAGCACUACCUCAUGGUUUGUCAAGUGUUUAUCUGGUGUUCCAUGUUUCUAUGCUCAAAGAGUAUAUUUCAGAUGGUUCUCAUGUGAUUAGAUGGGAUUUGGUGAUGCUUGAUCAAAAUUUGUCCUAUGAGGAGGAGCCGAUUGCUAUCUUGGACCGUCAGAUUCGCAAGUUGAGAUCCAAAGAAAUUGCUUCUGUGAAGGUUCAGUGGAGAGGUCGUCCGGUGGAGGAGGCUACUUGGGAGACCGAGUUGGAUAUGAGGGCGAGGUGCGAACAGGGUACUGCCCCUGCAGGUGCGAACAUGCGAGAGGGGGUCCACAAGAGCAAAGGAUUGCUGGGUUGGCUUGGUCCGCUCCUGGGAAGGAUUUCCUGCAGGCUGGAGACAGAGGAUAACAAGGCUGGAGAUAGAGGAUCACCUUGCUUUACUCCUCCUGUUGAGUGGAAAAGCCCAUGUGAUUGA